AAGCUUCAUCCAGCCUUCAAAAAAGGUAAACGUAAACCUUCACACUUUUCCCUCUCUUUCUGCCUACAUAUUCACCCCACAUUUCCUCAAAUUCAUUACUCAUUAGGUUAAUACUCCAUAGCAGAACCAAAACCCUCGAUAAACCCAUUCCUUCUUCUAAUCUCUCUCUCUAUCCAAAUUCGAUCAUCAUCAAAAUGUUUACUCCUUCAACGAAGAAGAAAUCGAACUACAGUUCCUUCAAAGAUCGAAAUGUCGGCCACCAAAUGACGCCGUCCUUCGAUUUUUCUCCGACAACUCCGGUUGCUGAUAAUCACGCUUCAAUUAACGACGACGUUUCAAUCCAUUUUCGUCCCAAAACCGGCACUCCUGCUCCUUGGGCUUCUCGCCUUUCUGUUCUUGCCAGAAUAGCUCCAGCAAAGAAAAGUGAGCAUUUGAAUAAUAGAGACCCACCAGAGCCUGUUUAUGUUGGUGAAUUUCCACAAGCUGUUCAUGCUGAACAAACAAAUAUCUUGCGGAAGUGUGUCCCAGGUGAAGCAUGUAUUGCUGGUGGAUUGGACAAGGAAACUGCUUUGUCUUGGAUGAUUUGUGGAAAGAAACUUUUUGUAUGGAAUUACCUAUCACCUGCUGCUUCAAAAAGAUGUGUAAUUCUUGAUCUUCCAUCUGAUAUUUUUGGAAGUACCAGUAGAAAACCAUAUCUCGGUGAUACUUGGUUGCUUUGUGUCAUCAAUUGGGACAGUGCUCACCAUAGUAGCAGUAUGGUAAAGCAGUUGACUUCAGCCGGAGUUGUUUUGUGCAAUCAAAAAAGUCGAGCUGUUGUUUAUUGGCCUGAUAUAUUUUCAGAUGAGGAGGCUAGUUUUGUAAUCAGUCUUGCAUCUCCAGAAGAGCUGGGGACCAAUUCCUCAAUGGAGCACAGUAAAGGUUCUCUUAGUCAAUUGCAUGCAGGCAGCAGGCAUGAUACCCUUUCAGCUGAACCAAGGUCCUUUAACUCCUUGAUCGCUUCUACCAUCCCUUUUAAUCACCAUGCUUGUGUUGCACUUGCUACUAGUUCGAAUGGUGAACUCUGGCAGUUCAUUUGCAGUCCUGCUGGAAUUCUUCGUCAAAAUAGACAUGAUGUUGUCACAUCUUUUAGUUCACGCAGUCAGAUGCCAGGGAAUAAUAGGUAUCCUAGGUCUCUUAUUUGGCGUUUUCCAUCUAUCCCAAAAGGAGAAUCUGAUAGGCAGUUUUUUCUACUUACUGAUCAUGAAAUACAGUGCUUCAGUGUUAACCUUUCACCUAAUCCAACUUUGUCAAAAAUCUGGUCCCAUGAAAUCAUUGGCACUGAUGAUGAUUUUGGAAUUAAAAAAGACCUGGUUGGUCAGAAAAGAAUAUGGCCUUUGGAUAUUCAGAUUGAUGAGCAUGGUAAAGAACUAACCAUUCUUGUUGCUAUAUUCUAUAAGGAUCGUCUAAGCAGUUCAAACUAUACACAGUAUUCUCUUUUGGCAUUGCAAUACAAAUCUGGUAUUGAUGAAAGCUCUAUGGUUACGCAUGGAGAGGUGUUAGAGAAGAAAUCCCCGAUACAGGUUGUAAUUCCAAAGGCAAGAGUGGAAGAAGAAGACUUCUUAUUUUCAAUGAGAUUGAGAAUAGGUGGAAAACCUUCAGGAUCUGCUGUCAUUAUCUCUGGAGAUGGAACUGCAACUGUUUCCUAUUUUUGGAGAAACUCAACCAAGCUUUACCGAUUUGAUCUUCCAUAUGAUGCUGGAAAAGUUGUUGAUGCAUCAGUUUUCCCUGCUAGUGAUGAUAGAGAAGAGGGUGUUUGGGUUGUAUUGACUGAGAAAGCUGGAGUAUGGGCAAUACCAGAGAAGGCAGUGUUGUUUGGUGGAGUGGAACCUCAAGAGGGAAGCUCGAAUGAAAGAUCUUUUGCAGAAAAAAAAAACGUUCUAAUUACAGCUAGUGUUUCACCUGAUAAAUCUGAUUUAGAUGUUCAGGAUAUGUAUGGCAAGCAGAGGGCUGGGUCUACAGGAGCUGCUGGCAGGAAUGCUCAAGAUGAAGAAGCAGACGCUUUGCUCAAUCGCCUAUUUAAUGAUUUUCUUCUGUCAGGCCAGGUUGACGGGUCUCUUGAAAAAUUGAAGAGUGUUGGGGCAUUUGAAAGGGAUGGAGAAACUAAUGCAUUUGCUCGAGCUAGCAAAUCCAUUGUUGAUUCUCUGGCUAAGCACUGGACAACUACCAGAAGCGCCGAAAUAGUUUCUUUAGCUGUUGUAACAACCCAACUUAUGGAGAAAUUACAAAAACAUGAUAAAUAUCUUCUUUUUCUGGCAUUAUCCAAGUGCCAUGACGAAUUAUGCACGAGACAGAGACGUACUCUGCAAAUCAUAUUGGAAGAUGGAGAAAAGCUGACUGGCAUGAUUCAACUUAGGGAACUGCAAAAUUUGAUCAGUCAGAACCGUUCAAUUGGAAUGAACUCCCAGCACUCAGGUGCUAAUGGGGAAGCUUCUGGUUCUCUAUGGGAUUUAAUUCAGAUAGUUGGUGAGAGAGCCCGCCGAAAUGCUGUACUUUUGAUGGAUAGGGACAAUGCUGAAGUCUUCUAUAGUAAGAUCUCUAAUCUUGAAGAGAUAUUUUAUUGCUUGGAAAAGCACUUGGAUUACAUUAUAAAUGUUGGACAGCCAUUUAAGGUUCAGGUUCAGCGAGUUUGUGAACUAUCAAAAGAAUGCGUGACUUUACUCCGCAGUGCUAUGCAAUACAAAAAUGAGCAUCAUGUUUGGUAUCCGCCUCCAGAUGGCUUGGUACCUUGGUAUAGCCAGCCUGUUGUGCGUGAUGGGCUUUGGAGCGUUGCUUCUUUUAUGAUUAAAAUUUUAGAUGAUACAUCUGGCAUUGAUUUGUCAUCCAAGUCAGAUAUUUGUUCCCAUCUGGAGGUGUUAGCUGAUGUUGUAUUGGAGGCCUAUGUUGGUGCCAUCACUGCAAAAAUUGAGCGUGGUGAAGAGCAUAAAGGCCUUUCGGAUGAGUAUUGGAGAAAAAGGGAUGCACUUUUUGAUUCUCUCUAUCAGCAGAUUAAAGGCUUUGUGAAUGUUAGGUGCCAGGAUUCUGAUGAGAAAGAACAGAAAGAAUUAGUUCUUAGAGAGCUGUCAUCAAAUUUGUUGUCUGUUGCAAGGCGGCAUGAGGCAUACCGAACUCUUUGGAACAUUUGCUGUGACCUCAAUGAUUCCACUCUCCUUAAAGAGCUCAUGCAUGAAAGUAUGGGACUGAGAGGAGGGUUCAGUUAUUAUGUGUUCGAGCAAUUGUACAAGAAUGAACAAUUUCCUAAACUUCUGAGGUUAGGGGAAGAGUUUCCCCAGGAGCUUAUGAUUUUCCUGAAGGAUCACUCGAAUCUUCUGUGGCUUCAUGAAGUUUUUCUUCAUCAUUAUUCCUCCGCUUCAAAAACUCUUCAUGCUUUGGCUAUUUCUGCAGAUGAAAGGUUGUUUUCAGCAGAAGAGACAAAUAUGGAAUCUAGAAAAACAGACUUAACAUUACUUGAAAGGAAACGUCUCUUACAUCUAUCUAAGAUAGCUUCUGCUGCAGGCAAAGAUGCAAACUAUGGUGCAGAACUAAAGCGUAUUGAUGCUGAUUUGAAGAUAUUAAGGGCACAGGAAGAUAUCUUGAAACUACUUCCUAAUGACAUAGAGAAGCAACAAAUUGGACAUCAACUCCUCCCUCCAUGGAAUCUUAUAAGAUUGUGCCUCAAAGGUCAAACACCAGAGCUGUUGUUAAAGGCUUUUGACGUGUUUGCAUGGACGAGCUCUUCCUUCUGGAAAUCCAACAAAUCACUUCUAGAAGAGUGUUGGAGAAGUGCAGUAGAUCAGGAUGACUGGGAAAAGCUCUAUCAAUUUUCCAUCGCAGAAGGAUGGAGCGACGAGGAUACAAUGCGGGUUUUGCGGAAGACAAUGCUUUUCCAGGCAGCUAGUAAGUGUUAUGGACCGGAAUCAGAUACAUACGAAGGGAGUUUUAUUGAAGUAUUACCACUGAAGGAAGAGAUGAGUGAGGUUCCAAGUAUGAAGGAUUUUGGUUCUGUUGAAGGGAUCUUGAUGCAGCAUAAAGAUUACGCAGAGGCCGGGAAGCUAAUGCUGACUGCCUUGAUGUUGGGUGCUCAAGUAGAUGAUGAGGAGUCUAAUGGGCCUAUUCCCAUGGACUAGCUUUUGGAUGACUUUUGUUAUGUAAGAGCAACUACGAAUGCAGUAAGCUAGGGUUAACAUCCUAUAACACUCCAGUUAACAUAGCUAUGAUGUAUAUAAAUGAGCAAUUGAGCAUCCUGUUGUACCUUGAAAGGUCUUUUGAGUCGGACAAUAUAAUUUUGUUUUCUAAUCUGAGUUGUUUGGUUCACUGGAGAAGGCAUCAUCCAUCCUACUUCUUGGGAUUGGAAGGACACCAACAGAGUUGUUUGGUAUGCAUCAAUUAUCAAUUAGAUGGAAAAUGGUAGCAAAUUGAUUGGAUGGUUUGAAUUGAGGUGACCAUAGCCAGUUAAUGGGCGAGUCGAACAGGAUGUGGCAUGGGCAGGAUGCAGGACGGAUCCGAUGUGGGCAUUAUAAAUUGCGGGUUGUGGGGUGGUUUGUGGGGCACGUGGGUAUUGGGUCUAACAAUUUUUGAUCGCUUUAGCAACCGAAUAAAAACAUUUGAUUAGAUUACUGGGAACAAUAAUCUCCUGAAAGUUUGGGAAAGAAAAAUGAGUUUGGAUAACAAAUAGAUCUAUGGAGUAAAUAAAUUUAAAAAAACUAUGAUGAACUCUUCAUUUCAUCAUCUCUUCAAAUGUCCAAAGAGUUGACCCUGAUUUUGUCAUCAUCAUUCG